AUGUCCCUUUUAAAUAAAAGCUUCAAAUUAGAGGAUGCAAACACCAUACCUGCUGUUGGUUUUGGCGUUGGAACAAAGCAUUUCAAGCGUGGUGGUCCAGGUCAACUUGAUAAGGAGACUGUUGGAGUUAUACGUACAGCUAUCAAUGCUGGUAUUAGACUUAUUGACGGUGCAGAGGUUUACGGCACUAACCAAGAGAUUGGGGUAGCAGUUAAAGAGUCGAAGGUGCCAAGAAAAGAACUUUUCAUCACCAACAAAUAUAAUACUGGAGGAUUAACUCAUCCACAUUCUAAGCAUGCAAAUCCAUAUGAAGCAUUGAAAGCUGAUUUAAAAGAUUUACAAACUGAUUAUGUUGAUUUGUAUCUUUUACAUUAUCCAUAUAUCAAGAAGGAAACUCAUGGGUUUGAUUUAGUAGAAGGUUGGAGAUAUUUAGAAAAAUUAAAAGAUGAAGGAUUAGCUAGAAAUAUUGGAGUUUCAAAUUUUACAAUUGAAGAUUUACAUCAUAUUUUUGCAGCCAAUCCAAAACAUUUCCCACAAGUUAAUCAAAUUGAAUUUAGUGCUUAUUUACAAGAUCAAACUCCAGGUAUCGUUGAGUAUUCCCAAAAACAAGGUGUUUUAAUAGAAGCUUAUGGUCCAUUGGGUCCAAUUACUAAAGGUAAACCAGGUCCAUUAGAUCCAGUUUUAGAAAAAUUAUCUAAAAAGUAUAACAAAACUGAAGAUCAAAUUUUAUUAAGAUGGGUUUUACAAAAAAACGUUUUACCAAUCACAACUUCAUCAAAAGAAAAUCGUAUUCAAGCCAUUUUAGAAAUUUUCAAUUUUGAACUUGAUAAAGAAGAUGAAGAAGAAAUUACUAAAGUUGGUAAAGAAAAAACUGUUAGACAAUUUUCAAAAGAAUAUUCUAAAUAUGAUUAG